GGAGAACUGGAGAGACAGUUGCUUCAGGCUAAUCCCAUCCUGGAGGCCUUUGGAAAUGCCAAGACAGUAAAGAAUGACAACUCCUCAAGAUUUGGCAAGUUCAUCAGAAUCAACUUUGAUGUCAACGGCUACAUUGUUGGAGCCAAUAUCGAGACCUAUCUGCUGGAGAAGUCACGUGCAAUUCGUCAAGCCAAAGAGGAGAGAACCUUCCACAUCUUUUACUACCUGCUGUCUGGGGCAGGCGAGCAUUUGAAGACUGACCUGCUGCUGGAGCCUUACAACAAAUAUCGCUUCCUUUCCAAUGGGCAUGUUACGAUCCCGGGUCAGCAAGACAAAGAUAUGUUUCAGGAGACUAUGGAGGCAAUGAAGAUCAUGGGCAUCCCAGAUGAGGAGCAGAUGG